GCAGAGCCCUGGGCCCUCCUCUGACAGCCGGUGCCCACGGCCGCCGCCCCCCGCCCGCCCUUCUCCAGGCCAUCCCGGGAUCUUGGUUUGAAAUCGUGGACGUGACUGGGAGGAGUCUGCCCGCCUCGGAUUUCGUGCUCGCGGCGCAGGGAGCUGGGCCGCGACCAUGGCGGAGCUCACCGUGUGCUCCUUCCUCACCAAGGUGCUGUGCGCCAACGGCGGGCGCAUGUUCCUCCAGGACCUGCGCGCCCACGUGGAGCUCUCGGAGGCCAGGCUCCUGGACGUGCUGCGCCAGGCCGGGCCCGAUCGCUUCCUGCUGCAGGAGGUGGAGAUGAAGGAGGGCCUCUGGGACGCGGAGGCCGAGGCUGCGGCCGGCGCGGGCGCGGGCGCGGGCGCUGGCGCGGGCGGGGCGGGAGGCGGCGGCCCCUUGGCCUGGAGAGUGGUGGCCGUGUCCUCCGCGCGCCUCUGCGCCCGCUACCAGCGCGGCGAGUGCCAGGCCUGCGACCAGCUGCACCUCUGUCGCCGCCACAUGCUGGGCAAGUGCCCGAACCGAGACUGCUGGUCUACCUGUACCCUUUCCCAUGAUAUCCACACACCUGUCAACAUCCAAGUCCUGAAAAACCAUGGGCUUUUUGGCCUCAAUGAGGCCCAGCUUCGGAUUCUGCUUUUACAGAAUGACCCCUGCCUUUUACCAGAGGUCUGUUUGCUCUACAACAAAGGUGAAGCACUGUAUGGUUAUUGCAACCUCAAGGACAAAUGCAACAAGUUUCACGUGUGCAAGUCCUUUGUCAGGGGAGAGUGCAGGCUUCAGAGAUGCAAACGGUCCCAUCAGCUCAUCCAUGCGACAGCUCUGAAGCUGCUGCAGGACCAAGGACCGAAUAUCCCCAGCGUCGUUAAUUUUCAGAUCAUCUCUACCUACAGGCACAUGAAGUUGCACAAGAUGCUUGAAAAUAAAGAUAAUUCAGCUCCUUCUGCCGAGCAGUCACGGGGCCUUGAGAAACAAGGAGGACGAGUAGCUGGGGCUGCAGAAGCCUGUCCCCUGGUUUCUGUCCCUGCCCAGUCCGCCAAGAAGCCAUGCGCAGGUAAACCGUAAGGGACAUCGGUGAAGUAAGAAGCAGCGCGUCCCAUUGGAAGGUCUGAAAACAAAGCUAUGUUGAGCUUUAAUUUGUAACCAUUCAUUCAUUGACUCAUUUCUUAAUAAUGGCCAUAAUAAUAACCUACCUCACAGGGUGUUGUGAGAAUUAAAGAAGAUGGAAAAGGAGACAGUGUCAAUUUGGGAGGAUAAAAUUGGAGGGGCAGGGGGUUUGGGGAGGAGGUUGGGCAUUGAACAGGCAAAGAAAGGGUAAGACCUGAGUGCAGAUGGGGUCAGGGCAGAGCAAAUCCUCGAGAUGGCAACCUCUGCCUGCAGCCCCUGAGAGCUUUACCCUGGAUGGCUGGCUGGCGCUCUGAAAGAGGCAGGUUUCUGCUGACUUGCUCUGUGUCCCAGGCCCAUGUUUUUCUGUACCUCCAUAUAUACAGUUUACAUUGUGGAAUUCAUAGAGUUUGGAAACUUUAUAUUCUUUUUUGUUCCACUUAAUGUUCCAGAAGCAUCUUUCCAUAUUGGUUCACAAUUUAUCAUGCAUAAUCAUUUUUGUGCACUAAUAUAUCAUAGUUUAUGUAACUGUUCCCUUAUUCUGGGAUAUUUUGAUUCUUUCUAACAAAUUUUGAAUAUAGCUCUUCUUAAAAUCCACGCAAUAGUGAGUUUUUAAAGUUAGUCUUUUGCUUAGCUUAUAGUUGCCAAAUGAUACUGUCUUAUGAUUUGCAUUUCCUGAAAUUUAUGUACAAGUGAAUAUUUUUCUGUGUCUGCUUUCUGUUUGUCUGCCUUUUGUGCAUUUUGUACUUGCCCUUUAAUCCUGGGCAUCUAAUUACCUCCUCUGUGCUGAUGUGGGAUGGCCUUUAAUUAGGCUCCUUAAUUUUUAUGAAAGGAUGUCAACCAAACUGUACUCUAACUCUUGUGGAUCCAUCCUCAGCCAACUCCAGAGAGUAUACAACGUUUCGGUGCUCACCAGAGAUUUCUACCUCACUCUGUCUGCUCUCCAUCUCUUAUGAAACUUUUGCCAAAGUCCAGUUGCUGUGGUUUGAAGGAUGUGUAGUUCAUCCAUUCCUUGAAGUUGCAUCCAUUCUAAUAUGGAUCAGGGUGGACCAUCAGAAAUUUAUAUACCUCACCCAUUUCAUGUUGACUUUCCCCUUCCUCCCCUCUCUCUUUCCCCCACCCUCCCGCUGUCUUCAUCCAGUUACACUUAGAUGUUUGGUUCUUGGUUUUCAUCAAAGGGUACCACGAGAAGCAGCUUCAUGAAAUCCUUUCCCUAUUUGCUGUAGUAAUAUUCCCCAAAUAUCAGUGUGCGAAGGGUUUUUAAAAAUAUUUAAUUGUCCUUCAAUAACAUACCAUUUGAGAAAUAGGGACAAGGUAGUGAGUUUUUCAUCAAGCUAAAUUUGUUUUAUUUCGAAAACUUUUAUCAUGAAAUGCUGUCUUUUCUGUUGGGGAAAGUGUGUAAAAAAUGUCCUUUGUGAAGGGAGAAAUUGCUGUGUUUUCUCCUAAUGUAUACGGUAAUAGUGAUCCGUCUUACAUGAACCAUUUCACUCUGGUUGUCAACAGUAGUUUUUCUGAAAGCCCUUACUUCCUGCCUAUCUUACUUUUUUUUCCUAGUUCUGAUUUCUCCUGGUGCUAGCUUUUUUUAAAAAAAAAUUAUUUUUACAUUUUAUUAUCAUUAUUUACAUUUUAUCCUUUUACUAUGUAUAUUUUUAUUGUAAGCCAUCUGAAAUCCUUAAUGGAAACAGUGUAGUAUAUAAAUGCAUAUCCUUUACAUUAAGACUUGCUAGACUUUUAUAUUAUUGUUCUUUUUAUAUAUCUUAUAAUUAUACUUUUCUAUAUGAAGUUAUUGACUCUGUAAUCUUUGUUGCAAUAUUUUUUUCAAUUCUAUGAAUAUUCCAGUUCAGUCUUAGUUCUGUUGGUAUCCAUUCUGUAGAAAUAUAUAAUCAUAUCUGUCACUGUUAUUUUUGUUUGACAAUCACCUGUUAGAGUUAUCACAUUAGACAUGGAGAUAAGUUUUCUUUGGCAAUUUAUUGGAACUUAUAAGAUGAAGUUGCAUAUCUCUAGCCUCUACAACUCAGCAUAUGCUAAACUGAGUGACGAACUUUUCUCCAGACUUUUUAGACUUUUUCCUCCUUUUGUUUCUUUAUUUUGGAGUGUCACCACCUAAUGACUUAAGCCAAAAACCUGCAAACUGUCCUAAUCUUGUCUUUCUCCUUGUUCCCUGUGUCAAAUUGAUUACCUAGAUUGAGACUUUUUUCAUCCUCAAAAAUUUCUCAAAAUAUUAACUGUCUUUGCCCCUUUCUUUUCAUUCCCUACAUCUUGCCCUGUUUUAAACCGUCAUCACCUCUUGUAUUCUACAGAUGCAGAACUCAAUGGGUUUCAUGUCUUGUGAGUUUUCUGUGGGAGGUGCUAGGUGACUCCCCUUUGAUGAUGGUAGCCACCGUUUUACUUUUUAAUGUAAUAGGCUUUUGUGGAUUUCGUUGCUCUCCUUACCACCCUUCUCUCCAUCUGCCUUCCACACUGCUGCCUGGUUGAUCUUUUGAAAUCCUGACUUAAUCACAUUGCUUUUUGCUUUAAUCACCACCUUUAUUGGUCCCCAUCAUAUAGGGUAGGAGUCAUAAACGCAGAUGGAUACAGGGACCAGAAAGCUGAGUUGAUGGAUGAAGUGAACUAGACAUAAGAGGGAUCAGGAAAAGAGGAAGUGCUAUGGUAAACUGUCCCCUCUAAAAGGGGCAGGUGCCCCUUAUUUCCAUGUGGGAAUGUGGGCCCCGUUUGUGAUACUGUCCAAUUUGACAAAAGAAGCCAGAAAUCCAAAGUUUUCCGAGAAAUUUUCUGAUUUUUAAAUACUAACUUUUAAUUGUGUGUAGUGACCUUGCAAAUUUUGGAAUGUGCCAUUUCACCUUGUGACUCUGCGUUUGUAGGUGAUACUCCAAGUCCCCUUCUUUCUCCCUCCACCUGCCUCAAAACCUGGCAAGGUGAUCUGUAAAAUGCUGACCUAACCUUUCCUGACCCCAAGAGAGUUUUCAAAGCUCUAGCAUAGCACUUAAUACAUUACAUUGCAAUGCCUUUUGUUUUUAUUCCCUAGUUUUGAGCAGAAACAUUAUUUAUUCUUGGUUAUUCUAACACUUGGUAGUUAAUUUUUUUUGCCAUGUAACGAAUUAAACUCUGCAUUUGAAUCCAUUGAAUGAGUAUCAUAUUGGUCUUCAUUGUUCUUUUUUCUUCCCACAUAUAUAUUUUUAAUAUUCAAAAAAUAUUUUCCUCCUAAAGAAUGUGUUAUAUAAGAUAAACAUCUCUUUGAUGCUUCAGUUUGAGUUGCCUAGGUCUAAAAUAAAUGCUUUAAGACUUAUGUUCAUGGUACUAAUUCUUUCCAUCAAGGAAUUAACUCUCCAUUAUUGCUGUGUUUCUUGAUAUCUUUGUAAUCGUUAUCAUUUGUUCUUGUUUUUGUCUAGGUCUUACCUAACCCUUAACACAUUAAUUCUUUAUGGGAUAAAUACAUUUGUAUUGCUACUCAGUGUGGGAAUUUCUAUCGUUAGAAUGCUAUUAAGUUUUAAAAUAUUUGUCUGUUAGUGAAUUGCCUUUGUUCUAACAGUGUUAGAAGGCCUAUUUGUUUUUUCGAAAUACAAAAUCGUAGCUGCAAAAAUAUUCAUCUUUCCUUAUGUAUUUCUAUUUUGUUUUGUGUUAAGUAAAAUUGUGAUAAAAAGAUUUUUUGAUAAUUCUUCAUUAAAUAUGAAGUUACUUGUUGGUUUUAAACAAAUGUUCUCUAUUUAAUAAGGGAAAUGACAUCUAUUGUUU